GGCGGUUCAUAAAAUGCGGAAACUGAGUGCUGUAAGUGAGUGCUGUGCUGGGCUUUGAGUGCGAGCGGUUCGAGUACGAGUGCGAGUGCGAGUGCGAGUGCGAGUGCGAGUACGAGUUCAAGUGGCAGUCGGCUCGCAUGUGUGGUGAAUUCGCAUAGUCGAAGAGCGCGCCAAAGAGAGUACAGAAUCCGAGAAUCCGAGAAACGCAACGAAGAGCUUGACUCGCUGUCUGGUGGAAAAGGCAUCGCAGUCAAUGCGAAUCUUUGCACGCGUGCAGUUGCCUGGACAGGAUUGUUGAGUGAGGUUGUGAGUGCGCGCUUGUGCUCGGAGUGUGCCGGCUAUUAAAGUGAAUCGCCAGCAUCAUAAAAUCAACAAAUCAUCAGCAUUAAGUUUUAGCUAUCACUACACAACAUUGGUGCCAAACGACAGGGAGAAAGUGUCUAAAAUGUAAAUCCGUGCGACAGUGCAACUCAAUUCGAAUCAAAAUUGCGUGAGCCGAAAAUCAAUCUUUGCCAAUUCAACAAUACGAAAACCAAAGCAAACCAAACCAAACCAAAACAAAACAAAAACAAAGGAAAACAAAAAGAAACGAAUAGUGAAACUAAAAUCAAAACAGGAAACCGAAGAGGAAAGCAUGUGGAUUAGUAGCCGCCUUUUUGUGAUUUGUUUGCUGCUCAGGUUUGAUGCCACGAUUAGCGAGCCCUUUGAAACACAUUUGCGUGGCCCCGGCUUUGUCAUGGAGCCUCCGGGUCGCGUUGAGUUCUCCAAUUCGUCCGGCGGCUGGCUGGAUUGCUCCGCCUCGGGCAGUCCCCAGCCAACGAUCGAUUGGGUGCACGCGGAUGGCACGGCGGUUACGGAAAUUCAUGGCGUGCGUCGUGUGCUCCGCAACGGCACGCUCGUGCUAAUGCCCUUUGCUGCGGCUGCCUAUCAUCAAGAUAUACAUAAUACGAUAUAUCGCUGCAUCGCCAGCAACUCUGUGGGCCGCAUUGUGUCGCGCGACGUGCAAGUGCGGGCGGUCGUGGCCCAGGCCUACAAAGUGGAUGUGGAGGUAUUAUCCGCGUCGCGCGGCUGCACAGCCAUUUUGCGUUGUGUGGUGCCCACGUUUGUCAAGGAAUUGGUACGAGUGGUCUCGUGGGUUCAUGAACCCGCUAUCUACAUCUAUCCCUCGCUGCAAGGCGAUGGCAAAUUCCAUUUGCUGCCAACUGGUGAGCUGCUCAUUCACAAUCUGCAGGAGAGCGAUGAGUCGCAAUCCUUCCGCUGUCGCAGCAUGCAUCGGCUAACCCGUCAGGUUGUUGUCAGCUCGCCCACGCGAUUGCGCAUUAAUUCGCAUCGCGGCAUCAUCUCACCGAGCGUUGUGGAGCACACAUCUCAUGUGCAGGUUUCGCAGGACGAGGGCGCGGUGCUGCUGUGCGUGGCACAGGGUUGCCCUUCGCCUGAAUACAGCUGGUACACUCAAAACGGAGCUGGCCCGCUGCCUGUGCUGAGCGGGCCGCGGGUGCGACUGCUGGGGCCCAUACUGGCCAUCGAGGCGGUCACUGGCGAGGACUCGGGCGUCUACAAGUGUACGGCCAGCAACGUGGGCGGCGAGGCCAGCGCUGAGUUGCGGCUGACGGUGGCCACGCCCAUACAAGUGGAAAUCUCGCCGAAUGUAUUGAGCGUGCAUAUGGGAGGCACGGCCGAGUUUCGCUGCCUGGUGACCAGCAACGGCAGCCCCGUGGGCAUGCAGAACAUCCUGUGGUACAAGGACGGGCGGCAGCUGCCCUCGUCCGGCCGCAUCGAGGACACGUUGGUGGUGCCGCGCGUCAGCCGUGAGAAUCGCGGCAUGUACCAGUGUGUAGUGCGACGGCCCGAGGGCGAUACGUUUCAGGCCACUGCCGAGCUGCAGCUGGGCGAUGCGCCGCCCGUGCUACUCUACAGCUUCAUCGAGCAGACGCUGCAGCCGGGACCCGCUGUUAGUCUCAAAUGCUCCGCUGCCGGCAAUCCAUCCCCGCAAAUUUCAUGGACACUGGACGGAUUUCCUCUGCCAUCAAACGGAAGAUUUAUGAUCGGACAAUACAUCACCGUGCAUGGAGAUGUAAUUAGUCAUGUUAACAUAAGCCAUGUCAUGGUCGAGGAUGGCGGUGAAUACUCCUGCAUAGCCGAGAAUCGUGCGGGUCGAGUGGAGCAUGCAGCUCGCUUGAAUAUUUAUGGUCUGCCCUACAUACGCCUCAUCCCCAAGGUGACAGCUGUCUCGGGCGAGACAUUGAAUCUGAAAUGCCCCGUCGCCGGCUACCCCAUCGAGGAGAUACACUGGGAGCGCGGCGGACGCGAGCUGCCCGACGAUAUACGGCAGCGCGUGCAGCCGGACGGCUCGCUGACCAUCAGCCCAGUGCAGAAGCACACCGACUCCGGGGUCUACACGUGCUGGGCCCGCAACAAACAGGGUCACAGCGCCCGGCGCAGCGGCGAGGUGACGGUCAUAGUGCCGCCGCGUCUCAGUCCGUUCCAAACGUCGAUACUGCAGCUGAACAUGGGCGAUCGCGCCUCGCUCACCUGCUCCGUGGUGAAGGGCGAUCUGCCAUUGACCAUCAACUGGCGCAAGGACGGCCGCCCCAUCGACCCCACGCAGCACAUGUCCGUCAAGCAGGUGGAUCAGUAUAAUAGCAUUCUGGUCAUUGACCACCUGGGCAGCGACCACACGGGCAACUACUCGUGCGUGGUGCGCAACUCGGCGGCGGAGGUGGAGAACUCGCAGGCGCUCCUGGUGAAUGUGCCGCCCCGUUGGAUUGUCGAGCCAGCCGACGCGAAUGUGGAGCGCAAUCGUCACAUAAUGCUGCACUGCCAGGCGCAGGGCGUGCCCACGCCCAGUAUCGUGUGGAAGAAGGCAACAGGCAGCAAAUCGGGCGAGUAUGAAGAGGUGCGGGAACGCCCAUUCACCAAGCUCUUGGGCAAUGGCUCGAUGCUGCUGCAGCAUGUGAAGGAGGAUCGCGAGGGAUUCUAUUUGUGCCAGGCGAACAAUGGCAUCGGCACGGGCAUUGGCAAGGUCAUACAGCUGAAAGUCAACUCCUCCCCAUACUUCUCCUCCACGUCGCGCUCGGUCACCGUUAAAAAGGGCGACACGGCUCUGCUGCAGUGCGCCGUCAGCGGCGACAAGCCGAUAAAUAUUGUGUGGAUGCGCUCGGGCAAGAAUACGUUGAAUCCGUCAACCAAUUACAAAAUCUCGGUCAAGCAGGAGGCCACACCGGAUGGUGUUUCGGCGGAGCUGCAGAUACGCACAGUGGACGCCACGGACAGUGGGCCGUACUUCUGCCGCGCCAGCAAUCUCUAUGGCAACGACCAGCAGCUGGUGCAGCUGCAAGUGCAGGAGCCCCCGCAGCCGCCCAGUGUGCUGGAGGCGGCCAUGAUCAGCAGUCGCUCCGUGAACCUCAAAUGGCAGCCCAAGGCGCUCAGCACGGGCGACGUGUCCAAGUACAUAGUGGAGUACCGCGAGGCAGAUCCCGUUCUCUUCAUCGACCAGUGGCAGCAUUUGGAGGUCAAAGAUCCGCCCAGCUUCAAUGCAUUGAUUGAGAAUCUGAAGCCGGCGACUCGGUAUGCUUUCCGGGUGAUAGCCGAGGGCAAUGCGGGACGCAGUGCGCCCAGUCAGGAGCUGAUUGUGCGCACAGAGCCCCAACGACCCGCUGGGCCACCCCUGAAUCUGUCUGCCCGUCCUCUCUCGUCCACAGAACUGCUGGUUAGCUGGGCGGCACCACUGCCAGAGCUGCGCCACGGCGAUAUCCAGGGCUACAAUGUGGGCUACAAGCUGAUCAGCUCGGGCAACUCUGCCUACAAUUUUACGUCCGUUGCGGGCGACGGUGAGGGCGGCAAUGGAGAGCUCCUGCUCAGUGGACUGUCGAAAUUCGCGCGCUACAAUAUCGUGGUGCAGGCCUUCAAUCAAGUGGGUCCUGGUCCACUGUCGGAGCCGAUUGGGGCGCAGACGAUGGAGGAUGUGCCCAGUCGUCCGCCGGAGGAUGUUCGCUGCGCUGCCCUGACGUCCCAGUCGCUCCAAGUCUCGUGGCAGCCGCCGCCAAUUUACCACACGAACGGCCUGCUGCAGGGCUACAAGCUCAUCUUCGAGCCCAUCAUCGACGACGUUAUGCCCAACAAGGACGAGGUCGAGUCGCGCAAGACCACGGCCCUGACCACGGUGCUGACCGGGCUGCGCAAGUACACCAACUACAGCAUUCAGGUGCUGGCGCACACACGCAUGGGCGACGGCGUCCUGUCCAAGCCGCUCUUCUGCCACACCGAGGAGGACGUGCCCGAGGCGCCGGCUGACAUCAAAGUUGUGGUCAGCUCGCCGCAGUCGCUCUUCAUCUCCUGGCAGUCCCCGACCGAGCCCAACGGCGUCAUCACCAAGUUCAGCCUCUACACACGCGUGGUCAACGGCCGCGAGGAGCUGAACAACGAGAAGCGUAGCCUGCCCUCGCAGCAGGCCUACUACGAGGCCAAGAAUCUGCAUCCCCACAUGGAGUACCAGUUCUGGGUGACAGCCUCCACCCGCGUGGGCGAGGGCAAGAGCUCGCGCGUUGCCUCCCAGAUUACCACGAAUCGCGUGCCGGCCAGGAUCAUCUCCUUCGGUGGCUCCAUAGUGCGUCCCUGGCGCUCCACAGUGACGCUGCCCUGCACAGCUGUGGGCAAGCCCAAGCGGGAGUGGUUCAAGGGCGAUGUGGCGCUACGCCAGGGCGGCCUGCACAACUCGCAGCUGCUGGACACCGGCGACCUGAUCAUCUCCAGCCUGCAGCUGGCCGACAGCGGCAACUACAGCUGCCAGGUGGACAACGGCAUUGGCACGGACCGCCUGACGCACAUGCUGCUCGUCCAGGUGCCGCCCUCUGCUCCCGUGCUCUACGUGACCAGCGCCACCUCGAGCAGCAUUCUGAUGCACUGGAAGUGCGGCUUCACAGGCAACGCCCCCAUCACCGGCUACACCCUCUUCUACCGGCGCGCCACGGGCAACACCGAGGAGAUGCAGCUCUCCCGGCACGCCUCCAGCCACGAGCUGAAGGGCCUGGUCUGCGGCAGCACCUACCAGAUUCAUCUGAAUGCCCACAACAAGGUGGGCAGCUCUCCGGCGAGCGUCAUGCUGCACGUGCGCACCCAAGGCCAGGCGCCCGGCAUGCCGGCGACCACGAGCUUGUUGGCUCCUAACUCCACCUCGGUGCUGAUCCGGCUGCACUCCUGGCCCGACAACGGCUGCCCCUUGAUGUACUUUGUGCUGCAGUAUCGCCCGGUCACAGACGACCCCGACAAGGAGUGGAUUUUAGUUUCCAAUGCCCUGAAGCCCCAGCGUCGCGUCGUCAUCUCCAAUCUGCAGCCAUCCACGCUCUAUCAGCUGCGCAUGGAGGCGCACAAUGUGGCGGGCGUGUCCCAGGCCGAGUUCAGCUUCGUCACGCUCACCAAGGACGGCGACCCGCCCCCGCCGGAGAUUGUGCAGCGCGGCCAGCGGGGACCGAGCGUGUUCUACGGCAACGUGAACCUGCUCAUUCCGAGCAUUGCCGCCGUCUCUGGCAUGAUUUGCACCAUUGCCUUGGUUAUCAUAUGCUAUCGCCACAAACAAAGCAACCACAUACAAAAGGAGUCGCUGGAGAACCGCGCCAACUCUGAGGCGGCGCAGCGUGAGCGCUACUAUGCGACCAUCCACAAGGUUUCCAUGCAGAACAAUGACAAGAUUCCGGAAACCUCUGAGGACAUUUCGCCGUACGCCACCUUCCAAUUGUCGGAAGCGGGCAACAUGUCACAGCCGCAUCAUGCCGGUCCGGCCAAUACGCUGCUGCACUCGUUCAUGUACCACGAGAGGGCUCUGGCCGAGGGCUGCUCGUCGCCACCACCAGCUGCGGUACUAAAACCAACCACCACCCAUCACCACCACCACCACAACCAACGUCCACAAAAGACAAUUCAUAAUUAUUAUCAAACCUCACCGUUUCAUAAUAUCUCCAAGAAUCGACGGCGCCACUCACGCAAAACGGAGCCAGAGAGCGAGGAGUCCGAGUCCGACCAGGAUCAGCUUACUUCCAGCCGCACCGAGUCUUCCAAUCAGCACGAGGGCAAGAUCAAGCACAGCAUCAUCUACCAUGGAGCACAAUCAAGCACAUCCUCCGAUCUGUCACCAAUGUCCGAACAAAAAUCAUUACCACGACGCGGUCGCUCCAGGUAUCAUCAUCAGCAAUAUCAGUUUUCCACCAAUACAACACCGCGUCAUCACAAUAGCAACAAAAGCAACAACAACAUCACAAACACGGCCACAAACACGAACACAGCCACAUCAGUGAACAGCUCGAGCAAAAUUCUGUCACCGCGCAACGGCAGCGGCAAUCUGAAAUCCAUAUCGAGCACAUUCAAAUCACAAGACUCCAUACAAUGCCACAUACCCACGUUGGUCAAAUCGCCAUCGAUAAGCACACAACAGCAACACCAGAAACAGUUCCACAAACAACAGUCGAAUAGUAAGCCCGGCCCUAACCAGAACCAGAACCAGAACCAGAACCAGAACCAGAGCCAAAACCAAAACCAAAACCCCAAUCAUAGUCAGACCCAGUGCAGUAGUAGCAGUAGUUUGAAGCAACAGCAACCGCUGCUGAUCCAGCCCAAGCUCCAUCAGCUCGAGCAGACGGCCACGCAUGCUGGUGGCCAGGAGCUGUUGGGCUUGGACGGAGGCGUUAGUACCCUAGCAUCUGUUGUGCCCGUUACUUGCAUGCCACCCUCUUCACAGUUUCGCCCCAUUCCACACAAGUCCAUAAUGCCCGCGCAUGACUCACACCAAAACCACCAUCAGCAGCUACACCAAGGAGGGGGCGGGGGCGUGGGCGGGGGCGGCCUGCUGAAUCCCUCGACGGCUCUGCUGUCCUCGAAGUUCUUCACGGCGCCGACGCUGCCGUUGCCCAAAUAGGAUACGGCCAAUGGGGGGAGUGAGUACGGCGGCGGAGGCGGGGCUGAUAGCAGCAGCUUCGGCUAUAAUGGCGGCGAGAUAUCGUGCACCUACAUGGAUCCCAUAGAUCACACAUGAGACUUGGCCUACGGUGAGGUGUGUGGGCCCGAGGGCGCCCAUUAGCCAGCAGCUCUCGGCAGCAAGCACACCACACCACCACCAACCACCAUGUACACAACUUGGAACACUUGAACACAUCUAGGUCUCUCUCUCUCUCUGUCUCUGUUAUACUGAAUGCUUGAGUGUGGUUGCUAGAGAACUCAAAUAGUAUCAAACAACUCUGGAUACUCUUCUUCCCCUUACCAAACCAUGCAGAGCUGGCAUCCUGCGCACGCUGCACCCGCUCCAGCUGCAGGCCGAGUGCAGCGCCGGCGCCUUCCACCACGGCGAGCGCGACGGUGGCGAUCACAUUGAGCUGGCCGAGGUUGAGUGCGAUGUAGACACGAUUAAGAAGUUGAAGCUGGGCCAGCGGUCCUCGCUGUGGUCGCGCCCGAACUCCACCACGUCCCAGCUACAGCCGGAUCAUCAGCAGCAACAGCAGCAGCAGCACCAACAGCAACAACAACAACAGCAGCAGCAGCAGCAGCAACGUCAGCAACAGCAACCACCACACAAGCGAGCACAUUCAAAGUCUCCGCAGCCGCAGCAACAGCAGCCCCUGCAACAGCAACGCCCACAGCAGCAUUCACCCGCUCCAGGCCAGAAAUUGCUUAGCGAGAAAUCGGAUUAUUCGAUAUCUGUGUGAGACAUUGGUAAGAUCUGAUCCAAGCCUGAUCAGCAGCUAGGAUGAGGUCGGCCAAUGGACCACCAGAUGGCAAACAAUUGAAUGAAAGUGAAACUAAAUUUGGGCAUUCGUGAGUCGUGAGACUCCUUGAGUGAAUUUUAGGUAUGCAGCAACAACAGCAGCAGCUGCGCCGUACCUACACUUAUGUAAUGCCAACAACUCCCGUUACAUCCGCUCUACCCCAAGUCCACACCGCCCCGCAUUGACCCAGUAACCAACCAACCAGCUUGACAACCCAACCCCAACCAACACAAAGACAAAACACAAGAACUUUCGGACAAUCAAUAUCAAAAUUAUUUGCACAACCAUCGAGAGGCGGGGCAACUCGCCCAGCGCACCCACACGCACACACUUCCCAUUUGUUACUCUCUCCAUUUCCCCGUAUUCACAUAGCGCUCAUAUAACCGUAUAAACUUACAAAUAUUACAAAGUAUUAAUAACAACUACAUAGGUAAUAAUAAUUACGAUUUGUGCAUGUUGUACUACGGCAUGCACCCACAACCCAGGUCAGUUAUCGAACUUCCAAAUGUUGUACAUAGACUCGUAUAUCUGUACGCGUAUAUCCGUUAUACACCCGAUCCAAUCUAAUCGAAUCGAAUCGAAGCUAAUCUAAUCUAGUGUUAAGUACUAACGACUUGUGUAACUCGAACUACUAACGGCGUGUAACUCGAAUACUAAUGCAUAUACUAACGCGUAUUACUCGUACUACCCAUAAUCGAACUGUUUUUCUAUGAAUGUAUGUGUGUAGAGAGGUUGUACGAAUUUUGUAGUUUGAUCAAUGCAAAAACUGUUUCUUCUUUUUUUUUUUUUUUUUUUUUUUUUUGAUUGAGUUAUAUACCGUCUAUACAUACAUAUAUAGGUAACGUUUAGGCACUUGAGAUAUUUUUGUAAGUUCUCUCGAAUUGAAUCCGCAUUCUCCACAUGUAAAACGAGGAAUUUAAAACAUGCAAUUCAAACUAACAAUUAAUUCAAGACAUAUGCUGUGUACAAAUCUAUUUAUAUUUAUGUCUAAAAUACUAAAAUCUAAUAGUCUGUACAUACACACACACACACACACACAGUUACACUGGAAUCAAGAAAUCUCUAGUUGUUAGCGCUACAUUUUGUAAAUAGGCACAAGUAAAAAGAAAUUGACUGAAACAAAAGAUCAGAAACAGAAAUAACUUCAUAAUAACAAAUAUAUAUAUAUAUAUAUAGAAUGAAGAAUGUUAACUAAAUGUAUUUGAUAUAUUAAAUGUAUACACGAACGAGCACGAGCACGAGCACGAGCAGGAGCACGAGCAGGAGCACGAGCAGGAGCAGGAGUCGCCAGCUGAAUCAGUAUUCAUAUGCGAUAGACGAGACGAGGAUAUUUGAUAUACAUAUGUUACAUGACACGAUGUCGCAGCGUCUACGCAAUUAGUGUUCCCAUACAAUAAUCGGUCGUUCGCCAGCGUGUAGAUAGAUGUUUUUAACACCAAAGUAUAGAAAUCAAAAGCAAAUCGUAAUCAAAUUAGAAACAAACAUUCAAGAGCUCUCGGACAAAUAGCUGCAGAGAAGGAAGGCAAAGAGGAAAGGCCAAGUGAGGAGAGCAGAAAAGCAACUACAAAUUACAAUUAGAGAAUAUGAAUAAUCCACGUAUUAAUUAGAUGUAUUUUAAACUAGCCAACAAAACUUAUAUGACGUCUAGCAGGACAGAGAUCAGAGAACUUUCAGAACCGUUUAGGAAACCAUGUGCCAAAAUUUGUUUGAAAGCAAAGUCAACAAGAAAUCGUAUUA